UGAAUUUCCAAAUCAUCUCAAUCAGCAUCGACACACCUCGCCUCAUGCUGCCUAGUAGGGGAAGAAGCUUUUACUUGUUCUCCUGGUCUCAGAGACAGUCUUCAUAGCACUAUUUUGCUAUUUGAUCCUUCUAAUUCGCAUACGUGCAAAAUUCUGCAUUGACCUAACCCCUGCACUAUUCCGUCUACAAUAAACCUAACGUCGUCAGAUCAACUGCAUGUGAAUAAGAAACUCAUCUCACAGAAAUGUCAGCAUAGAGGCCGCGGCGCUUCAGAGAGAAGAUGGCACAAGAGCUGUCGUCCAAUUGGAAGAAACUCCAAGCAAAAAUUCAGGCAGAAUCUUCCACUGCUCCUAUUUCGCCGCCCGAGGGGUCAACGUCACAAGACUCUUCUUCAAGCAAGAAGCGGAAAUCUAGGCAAUUCCCCGAAAAGGGACCAACGCCAAAGAAGCCAAAAUCUAACAACGCUUCACAUCGAGUACAUAUAUCGCCCAUUUCCAAAGCAUUGCCUCAAAAGAGCAAAUCUUCCACGAAACCACAGGCGAUGGGCGUUACCCAGUCUUCCGCAAUAGUCAAAGGCACGCCUGCUACCGUGACACCUUCACUAGCUCUCUGGGCCAAAGAAAAUGAUAUAACGGCUGAGGACCUCGCUGAAGCCUAUAAUCUAGGGUCUAAGCGUGGCCGAACUUCGUCGUCUGCUGCUGUGUCCAUCACAGAGAUCGCGCAAGAUAAGCGUCGAGUUAACGAAGGUUUGGCGCCCAAUGUUGAAGUGGGCAAAUACAUUGCUAUAGACUGCGAAAUGGUCGGUAUAGGGCCUGAAGGACAUGAUCACAUGUUAGCACGCGUAAGCUGUGUAGAUUUCCAUGGCAAACAGGUAUACGACUCUUUCGUAUGUCCCCGCGAGCGUGUCACCGACUAUCGAACAGAAAUCACGGGAAUCACUGCCUCUAUGCUACGAUCUUCAAGUGCGCGGCCGUUUGAGGAGGUGCAGGCUACGGUUUCUGAUUUACUUAGGGGUCGGAUUCUUAUCGGUCAUGACGUGAGGCAUGACCUGGCUGUUCUCGAGAUUAGUCAUCCAACACCGCAGAUACGCGAUACUGCACGGCAUUCCAGCUUUCGCAAAUAUGGGCACGGACCAAAACCGGCAUUACGUGUUCUCGCUAGAGAAAUACUCGGUCUGGAUGAGUUUCAAAAAGGCAAACAUUCCAGUAUUGAAGACGCCAGAGUCGCCAUGCUGCUUUUCCGGACGAAGAAGUCGGAAUUUGAUGUGGAGAAUGGGAAUCGCUACGGGAUGGAUGGUGGUUUAACCCACAACUUGAAGUCAAAAGGGCCAAAAGCCUCUAAAAGCAAGAGAAAGAAAAGGUGAUGUCUUAGCUGUGAGGCAGGAUGUUAUACAGCCAAUAGCCUACGCAACCAUGGCGCCUUCUCCGUGACGAUAAUCGAUUCUGAUAGUAGCUUGUCGAGGGCUCGAUUUAGUUCUAUUUGGUAACACUUCCUAGUCACGAUACCACCAUAUAGGUAUCGUCUACCAGGAAUACCUGGAUCAAAACUCGACCAGUUUCAUGAAGCAUGCUUAGGCGAUUUCGAGAUCUUGCGCUCAUUCAUCCUGUAUGGCUCAUAACAUGGAAGUUACCGACAAGAUCACACGGGAUGGCAAGGCCGGCAUUUGAUUCAUCAGAAAAUGCGACGGACUGGGGGGACCUGUAGCGGAGGGACUCUUGCUCCCAGGUUGGUGCCACACAACGUCAAGGACAGAUGUCGCGACUUCAAUGUAUAUGUAAGGAGGUCGAUAGUGUUUGCAUCUCGGCCGGAGCACCCCAAAUUGGGUAUUCGUGUUAUAAACCGUGUUUAGGUGUUUGUUAGAAUCAUCCUAGAUCCCAACGAUGAGUGCAGGCUUUGACUUGAGCAUAGAUCAUGACUGUUUGCCUAAUACAUUCACCCUCAACAUCUAAGUUAGCCUCAUCGCUUCGGUAAGUAUCUUGCACUCUCGAGUGGCCCAAGCUUCGUGAGCAGGCAUGUUCCUUUAGAGAGCUUACAUAUUGGUAACAUC